AUGAAUUCAGCAAACACAAGUCGUUGCAAAAAUACAUCACACAAUACAAAAGCAAUUGAUAUCGUGGUCAAGAAAAUCUCAGUAAAAAAUUUUGAAUUAUUCAAGUCAACCAUAAGUGCCAUUGUCCACGCGCGCUCAGCUCUGCAACCCCUAAGAACCGAAAAACUUUCGUUUCCAGGAAGCUGUCCGUCAAGGCCCAUUUACCACCAACGAAAAGCUAUAUCAUUUUUGGAAUAUGUUUGGAAUGCAGACUUUUUUUUGAAAACACUUUAUUACAAAGUGGAUAAUUUAACUGCCACUUUAAUCCCAGUUGUUGUGAAAGCAAGGUUUAAAUUGUUGCAUAGAAGUAAACCUGAAAAAGCAAAUCGCAGCCACCCAAAGGACUGCAACCAUAAAAUUGUAGCCCAAUUAGCUGAUGAACAUCUACAAUAUAUAUUGUGA